UUGCACGCCCGGACUUCGCGCCGCGGGAAGGGGAAGCCUACGCGGCGGCUCGCCGGGCUAUCGGGUUUCACCCCAACGCGGCGCGCGGUCGCCAGCCCCGGGUCGCGCUGCCGCUGCUCUCCUGCACCGCGCGCCAAGUCCGAGAGCAGCAGCACGGGAGACCUCAGGAAAACCCCCGGGAAGGGAGGCUGCGGCCGUCCCUCCUCCGCGGGCAGCCGGCGGCGAGAAACAAGGCUGCGCCGACAAGCCCAAGCGCGCGCCUGCUGCGGUUAGGUUACGGCACGCUCGCUUCGUUUGCUGACUUCAUAGGUCUGAAAGCAGCAAUAAGGGAAGGGCUGAGCGGCCGCCUUCUUCUGUGCACCCACUGCGGCGUCUACCAUGAGGAGCUUGAUCACCAACCGCAGCAGAUACGUUGAGUCUUUCCGUGUCUUCCUGGAGAACUCAACAGAGCACCAGUGCAUGCAGGAAUUCAUCGAGAAGCAGCUGCCCAGUGUCAUAUCCAGUAUUGGAAAUGGGAAGUCUACAAUCAAUAUUCUAAGCGUUGGUGGUGGUGCAGGUGAGAUCGACCUGCUGAUGCUCUCCAAAGUGCGAGCCAAGUACCCAGGAGUCACCAUCAACAACGAGGUGAUAGAGCCAAGUGCUGAGCAAAUCUUCAGCUACAAAGAGCGUGUAGCGAAGACAUCAAACCUCGAGAACAUAAAGUUUACCUGGCACAAGGAGACAGCUCAUGAAUAUGAAAGUCGAAUGAAUGCAGAAAAAGAGUCUAAGAAAUGGGACUUCAUUCAUAUGGUUCAGGUGCUGUACUACGUGAAAGACAUCCCGGCUACCAUCCGGUAUUUCCACCGGCUCCUGGAGGCGCAGGCGAAGCUCCUCAUCAUCCUCGUGUCGGGAACCAGCGGCUCGGCAACACUGUGGAAGAAAUAUGGGUCUCGCUUACCUCUAAAUGAUCUUUGCUCUUACGUUACCUCCGCUGACAUUGAAGCGAUCCUUGACUCAGCAGGGCUGAAGCACCAGCUCUACGAGCUCCCGUCCCACAUGGACAUAACCAGCUGCUUCACGGAGGGGAACACGGAUGGGGAGCUGUUGCUGGAUUUUUUGACGGAAGCUUGUGAGUUUGCUAAAACUGCUCCUCCUGAACUGAAACAGCAAAUAAUGGAAGCAUUAAGAAAGCCUGAAUGCAGCGAAGAAAGAGACGGAAAGGUGCUUUUUAACAACAAUCUGAGUGUAAUAGUGGUAGAGCCAUGAAUUAACUUUAUCUCUUUUCUUCAUCCAAAAGCUAAAUCAGACACAAACUGCUAACAGCUGAAAUAAAUCAGAAAUUUUCUUGCUUUAUAGAAGGUUUAUUUUACUUCAGGAUUGAUAAAUACGUUUUGGAGCCUGUUAAGAAAUCAGUAUUAAUGUCUGUUGUUAUAAGUGAGCUUUAAUACGUGAUUAAUUCUGUACUAAUCUGUUCAUGCAGAACUUACUAAACAGUAAAUUGUGCUUUAUUGUACGGACGUUGUAUAAUCAGCAUAGGUGUAACUUGGACCAUCGACCGAAGCACUGCAGAAACCAGUCCGUAUCCUCUGACUGGUGCAUAAGAAAUAACAGUGGCCUACAUGCAAUGUUAUUGUUGUCAGUUAAAAACUCUCUGCAGAGCAAAUAUGUAGUUUACAGCUUCUCGGUGCAGCUUGCGAAACUUGAGGCUCAGAGCAACCGACCGUUCGGAUAGUUGUGCAACUAGAUUUCUUCAACCUCGUGUGAUAACAAAAUAUCACACCUCUAGCUAGCGUGAAAGUAGCCGCAGCUCUUGUGAAAGUGUGGCAGUUGCCUGCGUCUCUCGCUGCAGUUAGUGCCAUUUAAUAGCACCGCUUCCCUGUUCCUGUGUUUGCAUUUUAUUCUUACGGCGCUGCACCUAUGGUGUCCCCGGGCUGCAGGAGGGAGGUGCUGGGAGGUGGCCGUGGGACCAGCUGCACCCACGAGGUGGACUUCCCUAACAGGCUCUGCUGCAAACCCUUAGUAGGGAUGGGUUAUCGCUGUUACACAGGGCUUAUCUGGUAUUUUUAAUUAAACACGCAAAAUUCUGGUGCUGGCCUCUAAAUAGCCUUGUAGCAAGGGCCACGUAUGGCUUGUCAACUUUGUAACACAAAAGACGUGAAAAUAAAUUCAGAAACCAAA